AUGUCUCAGUUAGGUUUCACUGUCUUUCUUUCUCUGGUGUUGCUUCCCUUUGCCGAGACAACGUCGCUAAACAGAUCUCGCGCGGCCAUCCUCAGCGCUCAGCUCGCCCCAACUACGCCCAAGCAGGCCUUCCACAGAAAUAUUCAUUUUGAGGGAGAAGAAAAAACUCAGGAUCCCUUCCUGCCAUCAAGUGCUGAAGAGGCCUCAGCGGAUCUGUUAAGCCCGCCGGCCCCAAGUUUUUACAGUCUCGCGAGCAAACUUCUUGCACCCGCAAGACAUGUAGCAAAUUCGGCGAGGCGGGUGGGGAGGUAUCUGCUGACAGGCGAAAGGCAAAUGCCUCAGCAGCAGCAGCAGCAGCAGCAGCAGCAGCAGAGGCAACCUCAACCACUGCGGGCCUCCAUGCGUCUAGGCACCCCUCCAUCGCCUCGCGUGGGACCGCAGUUCGGCAGACUCCUGGCACAAGGGCUGCAACCGGGUUUAACACCGUCCACUAAGGGCAAGUUGAGUGAAAUAGCUCAGCGUUACAAACCAUCCGACGAGACCGCAGCAGCAAUAGCGGCAGCGUCGAGAGCUCGGGCGGCUGCUGCUCCUAGAGCUGCUCACCAGCCUCCUGCCGCUGCGGCAGAAGGCAAAGGGGCGCUAGCUGGAGCGCGAGAAUUCGGAGUAAACGCCUCUGGAGUUCCGCGGCAAGGAUUUACAGCUGACGACUUUAAACUUAAGGAUAUGGGGCCCAGGCUCAAGAAGGCUGAGACGGAAGCGGUCAAACGAAAGGAAGAAGAAGCGAAGAGACAGAAGGAAGAGGAACAUAAACGUAGAGAAGAAGAAAUGCGCAAAGAGAGCGAAAGGGAGAAGGAACGUCAAAGGCGAGAGGAGGAAGAACGGGAACGAAAAGCACGAGAAGAGGCAGAAAGACGGGAGGCAGAGCGAAAGAAGGAAGCCGAAGAAAGACAACGACAGGAACAAGAAAAGAAACGAAAAGAGGAAGCGGAAAGACAGAGAAAAAGGGAAGAGGAAGAGGCCCGCAAAAAGAAAGAAACAGAAGAAAGAGAGAAGAGAGAAGCGGAACGCAAACAAAAGGAAGCAGAUGAGAGGAAAAAGAAAGAAGAAGAGAGGCGAAAGAAGAACGAAGAGGAACAGCGACGAAAACCUGAAGCAGAGCGCCAGAAAAAGGAGGAAGAAACCAAGAGAAAAGAAGAAGCAGACAAAACGAAAGCAAAAGAAACUCUUACAUCCAAACUGCAACAGAGGGCGACGCUGCCGGUUUCUAGACAACCUUUUGGCGAGGGGAAAUCCGUAGAAGAACUCAAAAAACUGGCGGACCAAAUGUUUGCUGAAGUUGAUGAGGAGGCCAGAAGAAACAACCAAUUCACACAAGCGCCUUUGCCCGAGUUCAUUUCGAGCGAUUUUAUCUCCGAAGAAGAGAAGAAGGCUGCGGCCAAUCCCACUAUCGACCCUACCAUCACGAAGGAACACAUGGAGCGAGCGAUGCGUAUUAUAAAAGACGUUGCACAAAGAUAUUCGACAGAAACAAAGUAUUUUCCCACAGACAACAUCGAGUUGCAAAGUGCUGUUAACGACAAUCCGCAGUUUGGCUGUCAUACAAUGACAACGAAAUGGAGCCCAUGCUCGACGACUUGCGGCCACGGCGGCCGCAUGCGUUUAACGAGAGCUAUGCUUAACAAUAAGUGCAUGACGACUGCAGAAAGGGAAACUUGCAUUUCGUCUACUGGGUGUAAAGAUGGACUACAGUUCUUAACUUCACUAGAACGCCCAAUAAAAGGUCUGCCACCAGACGCCAUGGAAGAACUCGGUAGACUAAUGACGAAAAGUGCCAAAAUUGUGAAAAAGCCAGAGAGUAACGAAGCCUGCAUCGUGUUCGAUACGGGCUUCACUGGCCGGGCUUACACCAAGGAAGGGGUGAUGGGACAAUUUGGAAUUGGGUAUCAAUAUCGCCUAUACAAGACAUUUGAUAAUUCCUGUACAGGAAGUCUUGAAAACCGGGUCGUCAACAGAAUUGAAAAACUGACAAUGGAUGAAUUUCGCAAGACUAUGUUGGAACGUCAUAACUCCAUCAGACGACAACACUCCGUAGCAGAUCUGAAAUGGAACCCGCUUAUCGCCGCCAACAUGCUGCAUUAUCUCAAGCAACAGGACCAAUAUGAAGAAUGCCGAAUGGAGCAUUCUCCGGGCAGGCAUCGUCAGCUGCCGGGAUUUAACGGUCCCAUAGGAGAGAAUCUGUACACUUGUUGCGCUUUCGGGGGAUUUCCGCGUAAUGUACCUAACGACUGGGCAAGCGAGGCACAUUGCUACAGAUACGGGAGGAUUGGUAAUCCUUGCACCGGUAUUUUGGGCCCCAAGUGCAGCAUUGAAGACCAUGCAGAAGGGCUUAUGACAGGCCACUUCACUGCUACUGUGUGGAACAAAUCCACUGAAGUGGGAUGCGCAUACGUCGUCUGCAGCAAGGCGUGCUCGCACGAGAGGCCCCUCAUGCUCGUCGGCUGUCAGUACUUCCCAGCUGGAAACAUCGUCGGGAAGACGCCAUUCUCAAAGGAUGCGGCGGAGAAGUUGCACAUGGUUUACCCGCAGAUGCUGCCAGAGGCCGCUGAAGAUCCUGAACAAAUUAAAAGUAUCAAUUUGGCGUUAGAACGGGUCGGCGAUGAAUUGCGUUUGCAUGGGUACUUGGGUUUAUCCAAAUAUUUGCAGUCACGCGUUUGCGCUCCAUUGGAUUAA